AUGUCGGAGCAAGACGUGUUCUACCUACAAAACCAAUUCACUUCCAUUGACUACAGUGGAAAGGUUCCCGUGGAGCACCUGGACUAUGGUUUUAUAGAUCACUGCAAAGAUGUGAAAUAUUUGGAGAAGAUUUUAAAAGCAUUGAGGUCUGGAGAGGAAGGUGUUUAUCCCAAUCUCAUUAGCUUUUGUGAGAAGCGUCUUGAGCUGCUAGACCCAAAGAACAGACUUCUUAGAACAGAGAAACCAGUCACCACAGCAGCCAGCCUGUCCAAAGAGGAAUGGGGAGAGAUUGUGGAUGAUUUAAAGAUUUGGAAAGAAGAAUCCAGAAAGACUGAAGAUUCUUUAAAACAUAAACCACUUCUUGAUGCUUUAAUCAAAGAAAACAUACCACCUAUAAGAGGUUUAAAUCAUGCAGUUCCAGUCAAAAAGAAUGUCCAACCAAGGAAAGAAAGUCUUUCUAGACAAUCUCUCCCACGUGACUAUCGGGAGUGGGAUAAGUUUGAUGUAGAGAAAGAAUGUGAACAAAUUGACAGUAACAACGCCACUCGUGACCUGUCUGCUAACACAGGACUUUCCAAACUCAAAACUCACUUUGAUGUUUCGUUACUGUCUGAACAAGAGCAGAUCAUCUUGGCCACACGUGAGAAGGACAAAGGCAAUGAAGCAUUCAGAGCCAAGGAUUUUGAGGAGGCCAUUGCGUACUAUUCCAGGAGUAUUUCUAUUCUGCCAACAGUUCUCGCUCACAAUAACAGAGCUCAAGCAGAGAUCAAACUGAAACACUGGAACAGCGCCAUGAAAGACUGUCAGAAAGUCCUCCAGAUGGAACCAGGAAAUAUGAAAGCUCUGUUUCGCUGUGCUGUUGUCUUCACAAACACAGGGAGAUUUGAACCAGCAGUUGAACAUCUGAGGGCCGUGCUCAAGCAGGAACCACAGAAUCCUGCAGCUUUGCAACUUCUGUCUGAAACAGAAAAGAAAAUGCAGGCGGAGGAAAGAAUAGAGAAGAAAUGUAAAGGGAAGAAGAUGUUGAUUCAGGAGGUGGACGAGGAUGAUGAGUUUGAAGCAGGAGUGACGGCUUGUCCGGUUGAACAAGGAGGGGAGGUGAGCCCAGCUGCUCCGGCUCAAAACCCAGACAUGGGUAACGCUCAGAAGAGGCCCCACAGCAAAGGGGACGGUAGCCCACACAGCGACCCCCAUCACCACCAUCACACUCCCUGGAGAGGAAAAGCCAGCAGUGGUGAUAAAUACAAAGUCAACCAUGAAGCUAAGGAGAAGGCGGCCAACGGGACGGGAAAGAGAGGCUCGAAUGCUUCAGCACAGGCAGAGCAGAGUGGGAAGUGUCCCGCUGAGGGACCGGCCAAAGACACUGUCAAUCUGGACGCCCCUUGUGGAGCCCUGCCCCUGCCUCUGUCCAGACUCAAGAAUGAGGGAAACCUGCUGUUUAAGAACGGACAGUUCGCUGAUGCACUGGAGAAAUACUCACAAGCCAUUCAGGGCUACACAGACUCAGGGGUUGACAGCCCAGAGGACCUGUGCAUUCUGUACUCAAACAGAGCCGCCUGCUUCCUGAAAGAUGGAAACAGUCAGGACUGCAUCCAGGACUGCACAAAGGCUCUGGAGCUGCAGCCCUUCACCCUCAAGCCUCUGCUGCGCCGGGCCAUGGCUUACGAGUCACUGGAGCGCUACCCAAAGGCCUAUGUGGAUUACAAGACAGUCCUGCAAAUAGACAUGGGAGUACAAGCAGCCCAUGACAGCGUCAACAGAAUCACACGGCUGCUGAUUGACCAGGACGGUCCUGACUGGAGAGACAAACUCCCAGAGAUCCCCCUGGUUCCUCUGUCCGCUCAGCAGCACCGCAGACCAGAGCAGCCCAGUGAGGAGGAGCUGCAGGCCCGUGCACAGAAGACCCAAAGGGACGCUGAGCGCAGAUCAGAAGUCCAGUUCUCCUCUCUGAAGCAGGAUGGAAAUGAGUAUGUAACAAAAGGCCAGUACAAAGAGGCUGUGGGGAAGUACACAGACUGCCUUAAACUGAAGCCGGAGGAGUGUGCCGUCUACACAAACAGAGCCCUGUGUUAUUUGAAGCUUGAGAAGUUUGCAGAAGCCAAACAGGACUGUGACGCAGCUCUGAAGUUAGAACCAACCAAUAAGAAAGCCUUCUACAGACGCGCCAUGGCCAACAAAGGGCUGAAGGAUUACUUGGCCUGCAGUUCAGAUUUACAAGAAGUUCUGCACCAGGACCCCAACGUUCAAGAGGCUGAGAAGGAGCUAGAGGAGGUCACAGUGCUGCUGAGACAGAGCCUGGCUAAUGCUAAUGCGAACACUAACGCUAAUGCUUCACCAGCCAAACCCAGGAAGAGUGUCCCGAUUACAGAGGUCGAGGGUGAGGAGGUCAUACCCUCAGCUUCUAACGGCAAAGGAGAAAACAUGAGGAUCAACCAGAACCCUUCAAACGCCUAUGAGUUCGGCCAGGCCCUGAGCGCCGCCCGCACCAGUGGAGACACGCAGGCUUGUGCCGAGCUGCUGGCCUCCACCCCUCCCCAAACCCUGCCCCAGUAUCUUAGCAACCUGCUGGAUGGACAGACCAUAAUAUUCCUUAUGAACGCGAUGGACUCACACCUGCUGCAGAGGGAUCCAGGACUGGUCUAUGGUCACCUGUGUCACCUGCAUACAGCAGACCGGUUCAAGGUUGCUCUGAUGUUGGUUGAGAAGGACGACCGCAGAACCAUGACGCAGCUGUUUGACCACCUCUCGGCCACUGAGAGCUCGCAAUUCACCAAAAACGAUGUGCAAAAUCUGGCCAACAAAUACAUAUAA